AUGGCCGCGCCCAUGCCGCUCAAGCCUAACGGCGAAAAUACUACGCCGCUACAACGGCAACAUUUUUGUCUAGCAUGCUUAAAUUUUAAUCUGGCCUCUGAAGCUUUUCAUAAUUAGCACAGUAACUGAGGUGCCCAGAGAUUACUUCAAUUUCUUCCCACCGAACUGAGAUGUCACAGUCGUAAUUGCCGCUGAUAAGAAAGUUGUUAGUUGCCAUGGAGAUGACUCUGCCUCCUGGUGAUCUUACAUAUGACAGAGCUGAACGUUGCCGGUCGUUACCUUACGCUAUUUUGUAGUUCACCGUACCCUGCAAAGAUUAGAAGGUGACCACUUUAUUUCUGUGCCAAGUCAGCUCAAAGGAAUUUACCCCACGUUAUGUUUGCCUUGUGUGAGCUCGAGCCUCUGAAAAUGUAACCAUUUUCCGCAAGACCUGACAUUCUGGGAAAGGGGACAAUUUCGGCGGCCUCUCACUGUCGCAUCUACCCCUGGUUACUGGCGAAAAAGCGUCCACGUUGCCGUCUGUACGUCGGGCAUUCAAAAAUGGCCGCUCCCACGGAGCCACGGCGACUACUGCUCGGACAUAUUACCUCAGAAGCAAAAGCCGGAAACCCAGUUAUCCGUUCUCCAUAGAAACGCCGUCGACCCUGGUCAGGCGAUAUUAGCAGGAGAGGAGUCUGGGCGACCGGACGAGAAGUGGAAAACAAGUUCAGGGAAGUAAACUCAGCCCUUCAGAGGUCGCUGAGGGUUCAGAAGAGAAUCAGAGACCUAAGUGAUAUAUAUGUAGUCCAGAAGCUAGAUGUCAUCAUUUCUGGGGAAAUUUCUAACCAGUAAUUUGGGGUAGAUCCAGAAGAGACAAAGACAGAUAUCCCAGUUGUUGGCCUUUGCUCAAAACAGAAGAAAAUGAUCGAUGCCCAGGAAUUGCUGACAUUUGAUGAUGUAGCCAUAAAGUUCACCUGGGAGGAGUGGCAGCUCCUGGACCCUGCUCAGAAGGACCUGUACCUGGAUGUGAUGUUGGAGAACUAUAGCAACCUGGUGUCCAUGGGAUAUCAAGCUAACAAUCCAGUUACCCUCUCCAUGUUGGAACGAGGAGAAGAACUAUGGACAACAGAAGAUGAAAUCCACAGUCAGAUCUGUCCAGAAACCUGUAGGGUUGAUGAUCAUCUGCAAGGUCAGUUGGAAAAUCAAGGAAUGCUGAAGUAUACUGAGCAACACCAUGAACAUAAUGCAUUGGGAAAUAUUGUUCAUCAUAGCGCAGUUCAUUUUCCUUUCAGGCAAAAUCAUAAUAUGUUUGAGUUACAUUUAAAAACUUUGAAAUUAAAUUUAAGUUCAGCCAACCAGAACAAAAGCUGUGAAAUUAAGAACUCUGCUCAAUUUAAUGGAGGUAGGAAAUCAUUUCUACACGGUAAUCAUGAAAAAUUUCAUUCUGAAAUUAAAUUCCCUGUAAGUACAAAACUCAUCAGCACUAAGUCCCAAGUAAUUAAGCAUCAGAGACUGUACAAAAUAGAGAAAGCCCACAUAUGCAGUGAAUGUGGGAAAGCCUUCAUGAAGAAGUCUCAGCUCACUGAUCAUCAGAGAGUUCAUACAGGAGAGAAACCGUAUGGAUGCAGUAUGUGUGGGAAAGCAUUCUCCAGAAAGUCCAGGCUCAAUGAACAUCAGAGAAUUCAUAAAAGAGAGAAAUCCUAUAUAUGCAGUGAUUGUGGAAAAGUCUUCACCAUAAAGAGUCGUCUGAUUGAACAUCAGCGAACUCAUACUGGAGAGAAACCCUAUGUGUGCAGUGAAUGUGGAAAAGGUUUCCCUGGGAAGCGCAAUCUCAUCAUACAUCAGCGAACUCAUACAGGAGAGAAAUGCUAUGUAUGUAGUGAAUGUGGAAAAGGCUUUACUGGGAAGAGCAUGCUCAUCAUACAUCAGCGAACUCAUACUGGGGAGAAGCCCUACAUAUGCAGUGAAUGUGGGAAAGGCUUCACCACAAAGCACUAUGUCAUCAUACAUCAGCGAAACCACACAGGGGAGAAACCCUAUAUAUGCAAUGAUUGUGGAAAAGGCUUCACCAUGAAGAGCCGUCUGAAUGAACAUCAGCGAAUGCAUACAGGAGAGAAACCUUAUGUGUGCAACGAGUGUGGAAAAGGCUUUCCCAGGAAGAGCAAUCUCAUCAUACAUCAGCGAAAUCAUGGAGUUGAGAAAUCUUAUUUAUGUAGUGAAUGUGGAAAAGGCUUCACCGUGAAAAGCAUGCUCAUCAUACAUCAGCGAACUCAUACUGGAGAGAAACCGUACAUGUGUAGUGAUUGUGGAAAAGGCUUCCCCUUGAAGAGUCGUCUGAUUGUACAUCAGCGAACUCAUACUGGAGAGAAACCCUAUAGAUGCAGUGAAUGUGGGAAAGGUUUCAUUGUGAAUAGUGGACUAAUGUUACAUCAGCGAACUCAUACUGGAGAGAAACCGUACAUAUGCAAAGAAUGUGGAAAAGGUUUUGCCUUCAAGAGCAAUCUUAGUGUACAUCAGCGAACUCAUACUGGAGAGAAACCUUUCAAGUGUGGUCAAUGUGGAAAAGGCUUCACCAUGAAACGCUAUCUCAUCAUACAUCAGCAAACUCAUACAGCAGAAAAAAACCAUAUAUGCAGUGAAUGUGGAAAAGGCUUUACCACAAAGAGUGAACUCAUUGACCAUCAACAAAUUCAUACUGGAGAGAAACCCUAUGAAUGCAAAGAAUGUGGCAAGGGCUUCACUGUGAAGCCGUCUAAUCGUACAUCAACGAACUCAUACAGGGGAGAAACCCUUUAUCUGCAGUUCAUGUGGAAAAGCCUUCUCUUCAAAGAGAAAUCUCCUUGUACAUCAGCAAACUCAUAAUGGAGGGAAACCCUAACAAUGCAAUGAAUGUAGUAAAGCCUUCAGGAAGAAAAUGUGACUUAUGCAACAUCAGAGAUUUCACACUGGAUAGACUUCCUUUGUAUGCACUGAGUGUGGUUAAUUUCCAUCUCUUUUUCUAUAAGCAGGACUGUGGUGAUCUGUGCAGACUUUUGCCUUUGUUCUUUGAAGAACACAGCUUGAGAGGUUUUUCUCCUUAGGAUUUACGUUUACCCUAGUUUUCUACCCCAGAGCGUUUGUUAUUUUUGUCCAGGUUGAUUGACACUUUCUGGGCAAUCCGUAAACAACCUGAUGGUUUAAUACUUUUUGUCUGUCCUUUACAGCCUGCCCUGUGAUUGGUAUGCAGCUUGCAGGGAUUGGUCAAUAAACUAUGCAAAUGAAGUGACUAUAGCCUACAGUGCGAAGGAAGUGACUGUGGCUUCUGAGAUGGGAUUGGUCAGGGGGUUGUGGCACUGGUGGGAGUGCCAUACCUUGAAAUUGAUCAAACCAAAAACCUACUGCGGUAGAGUCGAUUCUGACUCAUAGCGACCCUAUAGGACAGAGUAGAACUGCUCCACAGGGUUUCCAAGGAGUGGCUGGUGGAUUCGAGGUGCUGACCUUUUGGUUAGUAGCCGUAGCUCUUAACCACUGCACCCAGAAAUUUGCUUACAUUUGCAGCCAGACACGAAGUUUUGGAAGGAAAGAAGCAAAAGAAGCAGCAGAAAGGAGAAAAGGCAAGAGAGAGAAGAAGCAGAGACAGCAGAGGUUAGGAACCUCCUAAAAGAGUUGUAACACGGGUGAAGGGCUGUAACAAUAAAGACAGAUGCCUGGGAGGGGCCCUGCAGCAGGGCCGGUGGCAACAGGCCCAUAAAGGGCCCUGCAGUAGAGUCGGUGCUGACAGCAGAAACCUGAUACUCAGAAUACAUCUAAGACAGCUGAACAAAACUACUAUACUGGCUAUUAGCUGGGCCAGUUAGCAAGGGAGAGGCCAAGGGAAGGCAGACCAAAUGCAGAGAGGUCUGCAAGGCUGAGAAGGGGUAUACAUGGUCACGAGGAGGCCUGUCCUGAGGGGGCAGAGAAAAAGAUUACACGGCUGAGAGGGGCCAUGCUUGGCCAAGAAGAAGCCUGUCCUGAGGGGGCUGAGAGGAGGCCUUCACAAUCUAGAGGAGACAUGCAUGGCAGAGAGAAGGUCCUGCUUUGCUUACACAGCUGAGAGAAGCUGAGAGAGCUGUCUUUCACUGAGGAAGGGUCUGGAGGGAUAUGCUGUCCACUUCAGGGGAGCCUUCCAGACUUUGCCUACAAGUUUCCUGAUCCUGAUCCUGAGUUAUACCCUGUUGAUCCUUGUAAAAAUGGUGGCAUCAGACUUGGCUAACUUCACAAGGGGGAGGAGAGAGAAUCAAGAUCGUCAGCUAAAGGCUGAUUCCUAUGAGGUGUAGGUUCAAACAUACCUCCACCCUCCAAACAUUUUACCAAUUCUGACACCAGUCAUUCUUCCCACGGCACUUUCUACUUCUAUGCUGGCUUUGAUAAUUCAUUGCAAUGGCCAGACAGAACUCAAAGACCAUACUCACAGUUAUGGGGUUUAUUAGGAAAGUAACAGGCUUAGCUCGGGGUCAGGACCAACAGGCUACAACUCAGGAUCAGGAAGCACGUAGGCGAAGUCUGGAUGGCUUACCAAAGUGGAGAGCACAUCCCUCCCUUCUUCGGUGCAGGACAGCUCUCUCAGAUGUUUUUGCACUUACAAGCAAGCAGGCCCGUCUCUCUGCCAUUCACACAUCCUGAGGACAUGCCUCCUCUUGGCCCCUUCAUGAUGGGCUUCUCUUGGCCCUGCCAUCUGUCGCCAUCAACUCUGCCAUUGGUUCCCUUCCAGGCCUGUUGCCAUCUUCAGUGUUAGAGUUCUUGACCCAUAUUAUAGCUCUUUUAGGAAGUUCCUUGCCUCCUGUCUCUCUGCUGCUUUCUUCCUUCUACUUCUUCCUGCUUCUUUCUGUCUCUAAAACCUCUGUGGGGUUGGCUGCUUAUAUCUACAACUGUUUGUCAGUUUCAAGUCAAGCCCCUGCAGCAGGCCCACAAACUGACCAAUUCCCUCUGGUGGGCCACAGACACUUCAUUUGCAUAGUAGGUUACAGACACUUCACUUGUGUACUCUAUUGACCAAACCCUGCAAGGUGCAUACCAAUCACCCAGCAGGCUGCAGCCCAGGAUCAAACAUAAAGUAUCAAAACCAAGUUGUUUACAGCUUA